UUAUCUGUUAUUAGUAAUUUUUAUUAAAUGAAACCUAUAAGAUUUAAAAAGAAACCGGGCUAUUUAAUGUACUGAAAAUACAAAAAUAUAUUCUAUACAAAUGGGCCUCGUGGGGUAAACAAUUGAUUUGCAUUUACUAAAUAAAAACAGCCCAAUAUCAUAAAAUAUGAUUUUAUGACCGUUUCUCAAAACAAAAAAUCAUAAGUAAUGUUUCUUUAAAGGUUUCUUGAUUUUUUUUGGAACUCUUCCGACCAUUGCUCAACACAAUAUACAUAAAGGUCAAUAUAAUCAACUGAUAAUAUGUUUUCAAUGGUAAUAUGUUCCUCAAGCUUUAGAUUUUUAUUCAGUGAUUUUUAGAAUAUGUCCAUCGGAUGAUAUCGUAGUAAUAAGAAAUAGAAUUAAAAAAAAUUAUGAAAGAGAAACAAAAGUUUUUAAACAAGAACUUGUUAGAUAUCCACUAGAACUCCUUUGCCACAUGUUUAAUAAUAAGUAGUUUAACAAUUCAGUUGUAUUAAAUUAUGAGUAUUACCUACUUGAGAAAUUCAUGUGAGACUAUCUCGAUUUGGUUGCUUUUAGUGUAAAACUCUUUUAGUAUUUUGGGCUGGAUCUAACUAAGUUAUACUCCUUCCCUUCCAUAGUAUAACAUGUUUUGGAGAAAAUUUGAUAUUUCAAAAUAUAAAUUGUUUUGAUAUUUUUAAAGUACUUUAACUUUAUUGAAAAUUGGUCAACUAAUUACAUUUUACUGCAUUAUUUAUGUUUGGUUAAUUUAUGUUUAAUUUAUAUUAUUUAAUGAUAUUAUCUUUUUAAAAAUAAGUUUCUUAAUUCUUAUAUAUGCAUUCAAGCAAAACAUCUUAUAUUAAAGAAUAUGAGUAUAAUUUUAUAUUAUUUUACAUAUGAAAGGCAUAUAGUUAAAAACUAAUUUUGGAAAAUCUUUUUUUUAUCCUGCACAAAAAAAUCUGAUAUUAUACUUAUCGGGGUAUAUAUUAGUUAAUGAAAUGAUUGAAUAGGUUAAGAGAGUGGGCAUCAAAGAUAUUAUAACUAAAGUUAAUCGCUUAGGAAAAGUAGUGUUUUCUUUUGUUGAAAUCAAAGAUUAUUAGAAGAUAUGGUCACAAACGAAGAGUGGAAGUCUUUGGUGCCAUUUCCACUACGAUUCCAACGACAUGAGGCACCUGCUUGAGAAAACAUUAUCACUCUUUCUUUAUUUGGAUCUUUAAUUUUAAUAUUAUAUAUGCAUUAAUCCAUGGCAUUACUGUUUUUUUUUUUUUUGCGUGCAUUCACUACUGUUGACAAAAAUGUAUACAGCUGAAUAAAAAAAGUAUAUGUGCAUGCAGGUAAUGCGUGUUUUAAGAUUAAGUUUUUUUUGGUAAUCAUUAAGUUUUUGUUGUUGUUGUUAAAUACACCUCAAAGUCACUGCUAUGUUUUAAGAUUAAGUUUUUGUUGUUGUUAAAAAUAAUAAUUAAAACAGUUAUUAUCCAAAACGAAAUAUUGAAUAACACCACUUAAAAAAACAUUGUAUAUUCAUAAACUGCAGAUUUAUAAAGAGUAGAUGGAUUUAUCUGUUAUACGGAUCUAAAAAAAGGUUGAAAUGUCUAUUCAAGAGCUAAUGUUCAAUUCUUAUCUGUUAUAGAGAACACUUGUGUUCACAUCCCACGUGUUGCUAACCUACCUCAAAGCUACCUCUAAACAACUUUAACUCUUUUUAAUUGAAGUUGAUUUGUUAAUCUACAUCCAUUAUUAUCAUUUUCUAUUAUAUUUUCCAUUGGCGCUUAAACAUGAUUGUCUUCUUUAUUGAGGAUUGGAAUUUAGUGUGCUACAAAGAAAGAAAAAAAAAAGAUAAUCAAAGUUUAGGUGUACGAACUGGAUCGACACUUCUGAGCACAUACCCGUGAAUCUUCACGAUCUAUCAAACGAAUAACAUCUUUGUUCAUUUGGUAUUAAGCUUAUACCUUAUUAGAAUAUGAUCACUAUUUAAAAAUAACAUUUAGUUAUGUGUUAUAUCAAUAAAAAUGUUAUUGAUAACUAAUGAAAAGAAAUGAAAAGACUAACAUUUUAUUACAUCAGUUCAAAAAAAAACAUUUUAUUACAUACAUAUAUCCCUAUAUACUUUAAAGACAACAUUAUACUAUUAAACAUUCCAAACAAUACAUUAAUUAAACAUAGGUCCAAACGAUGUAAAACACUAUAUCCCACCUUUUAACAAUUUUAGUUGCAAUCAUAGAACAAAUUAUUAAAUAAAUCAAAUAACUGAUUAGAGAAACAAUCGGAUAAUUUAUGAAAAUCAAAUUCGAAAAUAAAUAAAACUAAAUUUUUUCCAGGUUGUAUAGUUCAAAAUAGUUUCAUAAAAUACAAAGUAAUUAGUUAAAUUUACAUUUCAAUCUAUUUGUAUUUUCUAAAAUGGAAUUACAUUUAUUUAACUUAAAAGAAAAUUUCAUAUGAAAUAAAACACCGGUAAAAUAAUAUGCUAGGAUAGAAAGACACCAAAUAAGUUUUAUAACUUAAAGUUUAUAAAAUAUUGAUAUCACAUAGUUGUUCAAAUAAAAAUAUUCACUGUAAUGCAAAUAAAUUAUAUAUCAAUAAUAUAAUAUACAUAUAUUUCAUUAACCAUUCAUAAUGAUAAUUACAGAAUAAAUUAAAAUUUGAAAAAUCUUGUAAUAUCAUAUUAUAGUUAGUAUACAUAUAAAAAUAAUAAAAUGAUAUAAUAUUAUUAUCUUCACCAAUAUUUUAGUUUUAAAUCCUACAAUUUUAUCUCAAUAAAGGUAAAUAUGUCUAUCACACAAAAAUAUACCUGUCUAUAAAUAUAUACAAUUAUUAAAAAUAAAGAUAGCUUUUGUUAUUUAAAAUACUUAUAUGUUUUGAAGUGUGGAUUAGAAUCUAGUAUUAGGUUAUUAUCUGAUAAAAUAAUUUGCUUUUAUAUGGUAUACUUUGCAUAUGCGUUUGUAAUUUGUGAUGGAAUGGUUGUUGAAGCACAUAAUUUUUGUGAUAUAUCAUCUAAUGUUAUGCGUGCACUUCUUUUAUAAAAACUAAAAUGUGUGGAAGAUUUUGUAUAUACGAACAACUAUUAAAUCCCCAUACACGUCAAACUCUCUAAGAAUGUCAUAUGCAUAAUGCCAUAUGACUCAUAUCCACCAUCUUUCCAGGCUCGUUUUUGGUUCAUAAGAUUCCAGCCGUGUGUGAUGAACGACGAUUGUGUGCAUUUCUAAAAUUUGGAAAUGGAGCUUCCAUGCUGCUCUAUACCGCUCCAAUAUUAACCUUUUCAAGGGUGUUUAAGAAGAAAAGCACAGAGGAAUUCUCAUGUUUUCCUUAUGUUAUGACACUCUUAAACUGUUUGAUUUACACUUGGUAUGGCUUACCGAUUGUGAGUCAUCUUUGGGAGAAUCUUCCUCUCGUCACCAUCAAUGGAGUCGGCAUCUUUCUCGAAUCACUCUUCAUUUUCAUAUAUUUCUACUACUCGUCGCCCAAAGAAAAGGUUAAGGUUGGUGUUAUAUUUGUUCCGGUGGUCGUCGUUUUGUUCGGGUUAACGGCUGUAAUCUCAGCCGUAGUGUUUGACGAGCCCCGUCACCGGAAAUCAUUCGUCGGAAGUGUCGGCCUCGUGGCUUCUAUCUCCAUGUAUGGUUCUCCUCUCGUCGUUAUGAAAAAAGUGAUAGAGACAAAAAGUGUGGAGUACAUGCCAUUUUACUUGUCAUUCUUUUCAUUUCUGGCUAGCUCCCUUUGGUUGGCCUAUGGUUUACUCAGCCAUGAUCUAUUUCUUGCGUCACCUAAUAUGGUGGGGACUCCAUUGGGGAUUCUCCAACUUAUCCUCUACUGUAAGUACAAGAACAAGGAGACGCCGAUUAUAACAACAGUGAUGAGCAAAUGGGAUGAUGAAAAGAACAAGAGAGAACUUGAGCUUGUAGUUGACGUUGAUCAUGAUGGUCAUGCCAAAGAGAAGAAGUUCAACUACGCAUGUUAGUUAGUUUUUCCCUCCCAAAAAGCUCCAUGUGAAUCCAUAGAUUUAAAGUAAACUUGACGGUCUCGUGGGAUUAUGCUUUCAUUACAUGAUGUUUCAUCUCCAUUGUGUAUCAUGUGAAUAAAACAAGAGUUUUUGUUCUCGACGACAAAAAA